AAUAACUCUAGUUCAGUUUCUUCUUCAGCACGCAGCGGCACCAUCACAAAACUCGUCGUUUACCUACAAUCAGAAUGAAGCUUAAGUGGUUGAUAGUGUUUGCGGUCCUUGUCGCCGGCGCUUCAGCAGCGUCACUCCACCACAGGCGAUCAGGAGCGCGAGAUAUUCCAGUCCAAGUUGUCUACGAUGCUCCUGAAGCUGCUUUGGCAGCCGUUCGCAACCUCGACGACAAACCACAACUUCCCGUUGAAGAAAAACCCGCUGGCGUGAAGAAUCUGGAAGCAAAACCACAAUUAUCCACUGCUGAGGUUCAAGAUGCUGUUAAACAUCUGCCCGCACCAGUUGAUGAUGCUAACAAGGUGAAGAUCGUUACUCCUGAUCAAGUUGUUGAAGUUAUCCAACCGGUGCAGCCUGUGGCCAGCGCUGCUUACCAACAAGGUGAAGAUCAGAACAUUGAUGAUAUUUACGAUAAGAUCCAAGAGAUUAUCAAUAAUGGAGCUAAGAAAAUUCAAGCUGAUUUUGAGAAAAUCCCAGAAGAUUCUCAUAAACAAGAUGUUUUGAAGAAAGUCAACUGCACUUUGGAAGAAUUCCUUGAAAGCACUAAAAAAUUGAUUCAAUUGCGUAAUAUCCAAACACUGAAACAAGAUGCUAGCGCUACUACUGCUUCCCCCAUUCCCAAUCCAGCUAAUAUCUUUCAGCAAAUCAUAAGUUCCUUCCAAACUUUCUCGAGUAAUCUUUUCUCCGGUUUGAACCCUGCUGGUCAGCCAGGCCAGGCACAAAGCGAAGGUACCACCGCUGCCCCUGGAGGUUUUCCUAAUCCCAUUGAAGUAGCUCAGGGAAUUUUCAGUCAACUCCAAGGUAAUCUUGGUAGUCUUUUUGGCGCUCGUCCUCCAGCGGCCCAAAGCGAUGAAACUCCUGCUACUCAAGGCUCACAAAACCCUCUGCAGUUUAUCCAACAGCAAUUCAGUAACAUCUUCCAACGUCCUACUGCUGCUCCCGGAAAUCAAGCUGAUGAACAAACACCAAACAACAACCCAAUUGUUGGUUUCGUUCAAGGUGCUAUUUCCAAUGUCCAGAAUGUAUUUAAUCCAUCUACCGCUACUCCAGCUGCUCAUGAUGAAGUCGCCCAAGGUACCACCGCUGCUCCAGGAAACCCAUUACAAUUUUUCCAAAACGCAGGCCAGAAUGUAAUCAGUGCCAUCCAGAACAAUCCAUUCUUUCCCGGGGGCUCUAGCACCGCCGCCCCGGAAACCUUAGCGAACGCUGCUGCUACAACAGCUGCACCAAACCCAGCGGCUGCUGCGAUUGCUAACGCCCAGAACCAAUUCGCUCAAGCUAUUCCCAACAAUCCAUUCCAGCAACCAGCACAGCAAGCUAUUGCUGCUGGAACUUCCCAGGCCAACCAAGUUGUAGCUCAGCUUACCCAACAAGGUGUUCCAGUUCCUGAACAAGUAAAUACUGCAAUUAAUGCUGCUCAACAAGUUGCUGGUGAAGCCGCUACGACUGCUAAACCAGUAGAUGCUGCUACAUCAGCCCCAGCCCCAGUUGAAGCUCCCGCUGCUCCUGAAGCUGUUGAAACACCCGCUUCCGAUGAUGUAGCUGAAGAAGUACCUGCUGAUGAAGUCAAAGAAGAACCCACUCCAGUAGAACCAGAGAUUGUUACACCAAUUAAAGAAGAAACCUUAACAUCAAUUAAAGAAGAAAUCUCAACACCAAUUAAAGAAGAACCUGUUCCAGUUAAGGUUGAAGAAUCUGUCGCAGAAGAAAUUUCGAAUGAAGUUUCUGAAGAAAAGAAAGAAGUACAAGCCUAAACUACAACGCAAACCCACCUCAGUGACUGAUUAGUUUCGUAUUAUUUUAUAGCAAAGUAGAGACGAAACAAUUCCUACAAAUUUUGAUGCCACAAUGCAAACAUUAUUUAUUUUUAUUUUAAUAUUGAAUGCAAUUAAUCAUUUAGCUUAAUUUAUUUUCUAAUUGUAAGCAAUGAGAGCCAUGUAUCAAUGUGUACGGUGCUAGUAUUUAAUUCUAAUGAGGAAGUCACAUUGCUGUGAAAUAAAAAAUGUGUGUAAAACAAAGCAAAAAAAUAAAUAAAAUACAAAGAA